AUGCAGGAUAAUGAUCCUAAACACACAUUCAGUAUUGUUGUAAAUUAUCUUGAUGAAAUGAAAGUAAAUUUGUUAGAAAAACCACCACAAAGUCCUGAUUUAAACCCAAAAGAGUAUAUUUGGGCUUACAUAAAGAGAAAACUAGCAGUUUUCGGUAAAUUAAACAAGAAAGAAUAUUAG